CUUUUUUUAUUGGUUAAAAGCUUUACUAAAAAAAAUCAAGGCGAAACAGAGGAGAGGAGACAAAAAGAUAGAGCUCUUCUUCUGUGUCUCUCUCCAAUGGCGUCUUCAAGAUUUGACUUGUUGAAAUUCAGACGCACUCCUCCUCCUCUUCUUCUUCUUUUAGCCGCCGCCGCCCUCGUGGUAGUCGCCGGAGGCUCAGAAUCACGGCGGCGAUGUUAUGACUCGAUCAUCAGCUUCGGCGAUUCAAUCGCCGACACCGGGAACUUACUCAGUUUGUCGGAACCAAGCCAUGUUCCUCAAGUCGCUUUUCCCCCGUACGGAGAGACCUUCUUUCACCGUCCCACCGGCCGAUUCUCCGACGGCCGUCUCGUCAUCGACUUCAUCGCCGAUUCCAUGGGAUUACCGCUCGUCCGUCCUUACUUUGGAUCUCGAAACGGAAACGGAAGCUUCGAGAGAGGAGUAAAUUUCGCGGUGGGCGGAGCAACUGCAUUGGAUAAUUCAGUUCUUGAGGGAAGAGGAAUUCACUUCGAUCACACCAACGUCAGUUUGGGAGUUCAACUCACUGUCUUCAAGGAGAUUUUACCAUCUCUAUGCCGCCCGUCUUCAGAUUGCAGCGAGUUCCUCAACAACUCGUUGAUUCUCAUGGGAGAGAUCGGAGGGAACGAUUACAAUUACGCCUUCUUCACGCACAAAAGCAUCCAAGUCGUCAGAGAAUUGGUUCCACCCGUGGUCGACGCCAUUUCUUCCGCGAUCGUGGAGCUGAUCGAUAUGGGCGGAAGAACAUUUCUGGUCCCCGGAGAUUUCCCGAUCGGAUGUUCCACGGCGUAUCUGACGGUAUUUCAGACCGGGAAUACGGAAGAAUACGACCCUUUGACCGGAUGCCUGACAUGGUUGAACGAGUUUGCGGAAUAUCACAACGAGCAGCUCCAGACAGAACUCGACAGGCUCCGGAAGCUCUACCCUCACGUCAACAUCGUAUACGGAGACUACUACAGCGUUGUCUCGCGUUUUCAUGCCCAACCAUCCAAAUACGGGUUCGGGAAAAUGCAUCUAGCUGCUUGCUGCGGAGAGGGCGGCCCUUACAACUUCACGUUGGGGAAGCAGUGUGGAUCGGGAGUUCCUUGCUGCAGCGAUCCUUCCGAGUACGUGUAUUUCGACGGUGUUCAUAUGACGGAGGCUUCGUACGGACGGAUCGCCGAGCAUCUGCUCGACGGAAUUCGCGCGAAUUCCGCUCUCGAUCAGUGUUGCUUGAGCUCCGGAUUGAGAAUGGAUCAUCAUCGAUUUGAAGAGAAGGCUGUCCUCUGAGCAUAAUGAAUCUAAAGAGUGUCCUUGUCUGGUUCCUAAAAAGGAUACGUAAUUUAUGAAAGAAUCAAUGUGCAAGGAAUUGAUUUGGAUUGUAAUAUAGCAAGGAGAUGUUGCAGUUUCGGACAAUGUUUUAUUCUGUAAAUCAAGGGAUCUGUUUACGAAUCCGUGUCUGAGUUUAUCGGAUAUUAAUAUUUUACA